ACAUUCUCAAAUCGUGUUUGUUAUUUAAACAAUGCAAUUUAAAGUAUACUUGCUGUCAAUUUAAUACGCAGGAUAAAUACUUCUGGUCUUUUUUUUGUGUUUUUGAAGAGGAUAAGAUUUCCAAAUGAAUAAGGGUUUCACUUUCUGUAGCAGAUCACGCAGAAUUUACAAGGGUUGAUUUGGACUACAGAGGGAUUUGAAAAAAAACAACAACAGAUAUUUAGACUGGUUAAAUAUUGGAGCUUUUUUCGAUAUUGAAGUUAUAUUUUUCGUCCUAUCUUUGUAUAUAUAUUCCUUAAUUUUCGAGGAAUAUGAAGUGGACUCAUAACUUUAUUCUGUGUUUAUUGUUCCUAAAAGGAUCGUUUACAGCAAACAUCACAGAAGUGGAAACUUUAUAUAAUAAUUUGUUGUCUAACUACAAUAAAUACGUGCGGCCGCUGACUUCCACUGAUAUCCCAGUGUUGGUGAAUACCACGUACAGUCUUGUAGGAAUUAAAGAAUUUGAUGAAGUUAAUGGCAAGUUUUCUGUGAUCGGCUUCUUCACGAUUACAUGGAUAGAUUCCCGUCUGGCCUGGGAUCCAUCGUUGUACAGUCAAUUAUACAUGACAGAACUUCCCGAGUCCAAGGUCUGGAUACCCAAUCUUACUCUGAUCAAUCCUUACGAAAAGAUUGAAAACUUGGCCAAGGGACUUUUCCCUGUUACAUACGUGUUUAAUGGCAUCGCUUACUGGUCACCUGGUGAAGUCACAUCUACAGGAUGUGAGGUAGAUGUGACGUAUUAUCCAUUUGAUACCCAGUCUUGCAGCAUGAUGUUGAUGUGCUGGGGAUACGAACCUACUGCUAUCGUCACACAAGCGUCUGACCCAGAGAUUGGAAUGGCUUAUUACGCAGAACAUGGUACUUGGGAACUUGUUGAUAAGAAGUUAAUAACUCAUCUUGACUCAUUUCAUUCUUACAUUAGCAUUGAUAUUAAAAUGAAAAGACGCCCAGCCUUUGCUGUAAUAAACAUUGUUCUUCCAAUGGUUUUCAUGCUGGUUUUGAAUCUUCUUGUCUUCAUUUUACCCGUAGAUGGCGGUGAACGCGUCUCAUAUGCUAUCACCGUAUUGUUAGCAAUAGCCGUGUUUCUAACUCUUGUGGGAGACAACUUGCCUAAAACGUCGAAACCCACGGCUUUAUUGUCGUACUUUCUCCUAGUGGAUCUGGUACUAAGUUCUUUGAUUUGUUUCUUUGUUAUUAUCGGAAUGUCCUUUUAUUAUAAAGACAAGAAGGAAACUCCUGUUCCGAAAUCACUCGCCAGCAUAGUGAGACUGUGUUGUCAUCGCAGAUGUACCCGUCGUGCGGAGAACACGACAGUUGUAGAAGCGUACGAUCCAAAAUCGUCACACAAAAAAGUUCCGUUUACGGAUGACGACGAAGAAGAAGAGGAAGUGACGUGGAAAAUGGUUUCCAAGUGUUUUGAUAAAUUUAUGCUCACGUCUUGCCUUCUGAUCAUAAUUUCUUCGACUGUGGCCUUUUUCGUUAUGACAAUGUGAUUUUAUCAGUUCAACAGAAGCUGUUUGCAUGAAGCGCACUGGCAUGUGAUUUUGUCCACAUCAAGUUAACUUUUACGUAUGAGAAAAGUAAAGAAAUUAAGCUGCCCUCCACUUGACACUCAGUAAAAAUUGAGGAGUAGCAAUGCCAGUAUAUUAAUUAACUUUUGUUUAAUUAGUUAAACGAUCAACUUAAACGAUUUGGGAGAUUUUUUAAAAAGAGUCACUAAAUUC